UUGGACCCUUUGGAUUCGCUUUCUGCAUCUCAUUCCCCAUUUAAACCUAAGAUUUUGUCAUCACUUCACAUUACAAAUCAUCACCAUCAUCACUUCCACCGCCAUCCACCCCCUUCCAAACUCUUAGCUUUAGAUUCCUUUCCCUUUUUUUUCCCUUUCUAAUGACACAAUUCAACUCUUCAAACAACACUUUAAUCAUGUCAAAACUCUAAUAACCCCUGUUUCUCUGUCUUUUCCCUUUUAUAUCAAUCACUCCCACUUUUCACAAACUCACAUACAUGGACCUCACCAACGACACAAAUUCUCAAACUCAAACCCCCCAACAGCCCACCACCACCACCACCACCAACGGAUCCCUCAAGCGCCACCGCCCCACCACCGUUCCUCCUCCCUCACAACCACCGCCCGCGGUGGUUUCCUACAAGGAGUGUCUCAAAAACCACGCUGCCAGUAUAGGUGGCCACGCGCUUGAUGGAUGCGGUGAGUUCAUGCCCUCCUCUUCCUCCAAUCCCACAGAACCCCGCUCGCUAACGUGCGCCGCCUGUGGAUGCCACCGUAACUUCCACCGCCGUGACACACAUCAGUAUCAAAAUAAUCAUUCCAACCCCAGGCCCAAUUUCAUAAGCUUCUACCACUCACCGCCGCCACCCCAUCAUGGCCCCGGCCUGUGUACUAGCUCAAGCCCAGGCCCGAGUCCAACCCCAAGUCCGUUGUCAAGCCCAAGCCCGCCGCCUCUCUCCCACCGUUUCCCAGGUUGGAGACCGGUCCAGGGGCUCUUCGGCCAGGGAAACGAGCAUCACCUUACGAGUUUCAAUCUUUCCGAGAGCCCCAGUGGAAAGAAGAGGUUCAGGACCAAGUUCAGCCAAGAGCAGAAGGAGAAGAUGCAGAAUUUCUCUGAGAAUUUGGGGUGGAGAAUGCAGAAAGGGGAUGAAGGGUUGGUGCAAGAUUUCUGCAAUGAGAUUGGCGUUUCAAGAGGGGUCUUCAAGGUGUGGAUGCACAACAAUAAGAACAGUAGCAGGAAGAGAUCGUUGGAGCCUGAUGAAAAGAUCAAUGUCAAUGCUUCUGAUACUCUUAAUAACAAUCCAUACAGCACCACCGAUGACACUCACUGAGAUUAAUUGAGGUACUUUCUAUGCAGAAGAUGGGUUGUUUAAUGACUCGACAAACUAAUAAAAGUCAGCGACAAACGUUUUCAUGAAUGUUCCAUGAAACUUUCAUAAGUUAAUUUGUUCUCAAGCAGCAACUGUAUUACUUCAAAAGCUGAUUGCUCAAGCAUCUCAAGAAUCUUUCCUGUAGCUAUCAUGGCUAAGCCAUCAUAUGGUGUGAAUGGACUUCGGGUAAGAAACGAAUUAGGAUCGUUUUGAUAUUUAGUAUGACGAACAUUUAUCUCUAUAUACAAUUUUCAUUACUUAUUU